AUGGUGGUUAUGGCCAAGAGUCAGGAUCUUAAGUUAGAGGCCCCACAAGGCGGCAGCGGCAGCGGGAGCCUCGGCCGCCGCCCGCGGCGCAAGUGGGAGGUGUUCCCGGGCCGCAACCGCUUCUUCUGCGGCGGACGCCUCAUGCUGGCCGGCCACGGCGGCGUCUUCGCGCUCACGCUGCUGCUCAUCCUCACCACCACCGUCCUCUUCUUCGUCUUCGACUGUCCCUACCUGGCCCGCAAACUGACCCUUGCCAUUCCCAUCAUCGCUGCCAUCCUCUUCUUCUUCGUCAUGAGCUGCCUGCUGCAGACGAGUUUCACCGAUCCCGGGAUCCUGCCCCGGGCCACGGUCUGUGAGGCAGCCGCCCUGGAGAAACAGAUUGACAACACAGGCAGUUCCACGUACCGGCCACCCCCGCGGACCCGGGAGGUGAUGAUCAAUGGGCAGAUGGUGAAGCUGAAGUACUGCUUCACCUGCAAGAUGUUUCGGCCACCCCGGACCUCACACUGCAGUGUCUGCGACAACUGUGUGGAACGGUUUGACCAUCAUUGCCCUUGGGUGGGCAACUGUGUGGGGAGACGGAACUACCGCUUCUUCUACGCGUUUAUUCUCUCCCUGUCAUUCCUGACAGCCUUCAUCUUUGCCUGCGUGGUCACCCACCUGACACUGCGCUCUCAGGGAAGCAACUUCCUCUCCACUCUGAAGGAGACACCAGCAAGCGUGCUGGAGUUGGUCAUCUGCUUCUUCUCCAUCUGGUCCAUCCUGGGCCUCUCAGGGUUUCACACUUACCUCGUCGCCUCCAACCUGACAACUAACGAAGAUAUCAAAGGCUCGUGGUCCAGCAAGAGGGGCGGUGAGGCCUCUGUCAACCCCUACAGCCAUAAAAGUAUUAUCACCAACUGCUGUGCUGUGCUCUGCGGCCCCCUACCUCCCAGCCUGAUUGACCGGAGAGGAUUUGUGCAGUCUGACACCGUGGUGCCCUCGCCCGUCAGAAGUGAUGAGCCAGCCUGCAGAGCCAAGCCUGAUGCCAGUAUGGUAGGAGGCCACCCCUGA